AUGCACAGGCCACAACUGUGCUCCAUAUAUCCUCCUGCUGACACUGACCAGGUUCUUCUAGGCAGACACAAGGUCAGAGUAUCCAAAUCCCAUCUUGGCAUUUCUAGGCUACAAAUCCAUCUUAGUGAGACCCUUGCAGCUGAAGACAAGCAUAUCAUCAUCUUCAUGUUAAACCUCACCAACAGGGGACGUGCCCACCCUUUGCCUGGUGAUCAGAUUCUGCUUCUGGGAUCAAGUCAUAAGGAACAGCCAAAUUUGUUUGGUUCACUCUCUGACCUGUGUACUGCAUUGGGCCCUCAUGCUGAGGCUCAGAGGUAUUUGCUCUGCAGCAGUAUUGAAGGAUCAGUUACCACACCAUCAUCUUCUGUCUCCAGAAUAGAUAAACCAGUGCCCACCCUUUGCCUGGUGAUCAGAUUCUGCUUCUGGGAUCAAGUCAUAAGGAACAGCCAAAUUUGUUUGGUUCACUCUCUGACCUGUGUACUGCAUUGGGCCCUCAUACUGAGACUCAGAGGAUCAGUUACCACACCGUCCUCUUCUGUCUCCAGAAGAGAUAAACCAGUGCCCACCCUUUGCCUGGUGAUCAGAUUCUGCUUCUGGGAUCAAGUCAUAAGGAACAGCCAAAUUUGUUUGGUUCACUCUCUGACCUGUGUACUGCAUUGGGCCCUCAUACUGAGGCUCAGAGGAUCAGUUACCACACAAUCUUCUUCUGUCUCCAGAAGAGAUAAACUGCUAACCACCCCUUGCCUGGUUAUUGGAUCUUGCUUUUGGGAUAAGGUCAUAAGGAACAGGCAAAUUUGUUUGGUUCACUCUCUGACCUGUGUACUGCAUUGGGCCCUCAUACUGAGGCUCAGAGGAUCAGUUACCACACCAUCAUCUUCUGUCUCCAGAAGAGAUAAACCAGUGCCGACCCCUUGCCUGGAUAUCGGAUCUGCCACUGGGAUAAGGUCAUAAGGAACAGCCAAAUUUGUUUGGCUUACUCUCUGACCUGUGUACUGCAUUGGGCCCUCAUACUGAGGCUCAGAGGUAUUUGCUCUGCAGCAGUAUUAAAGGAUCAGUUACCACACCAUCAUCUUCUGUCUCCAGAAGAGAUAAACCAGUGCCCACCCUUUGCCUGGUGAUCAGAUUCUGCUUUUGGGAUCAAGUCAUAAGGAACAGCCA